AACUCACCCGCCCAGCUUUCACUAGUGUUGUUGUCAAGCUGACGUGGUGCUGGCAGACAUUGCCCAGACGUGUCCCCCCAGACUUUGGCACAGAAUUUUCGCAGACUUCACACAGACUAGGCCCACAUCCUACGUGUCCUCCCCAUAUGCGUUGGCUAACUUCGUUUGAAUCCGUUGAACCUCCCGAGUGCACCCAGACUUCAUCCCAGACAAAGCCACGAUUGGACUUGCACCCACACCAGCCGUAACUCUGACAUCCACAUAGCUAAACAUGGCAUUUUCUCUACUGCUCAAAUCACUGACUCCCGAGUUGUUGACCCAGCUCAAAGAGCGUAGUAACAAGUUCCUCUUUGAGAUUAUCAGCGCGAACUCGAAGUGCAAGUUCUGCCAAACCGCCGACGAGCUGAGCAUCUUCCGACAUGCUGUCGAAUUGCUCCACGAAGAUGAGCAGGAAUUUUUACGGAACUUCCGCGAGCUGGUUCCACUCACCGUAUACGAUGCUUAUCAACCCUUCGUGGCUCGGUUCUUUGAUACGCCCUGCCAGGAGUCCGAGGUCAUUGACCUCUUGGCACCUGGUUUCCCGGCCUUCAUUGGAACCUCGAGUGCAACCUCGGGCAACGCGCCCAAGCUUUUCCCGAAGUAUAAAGGAACAACUUUGCCUGUGACAAUCACUCAGUCCCGGGGUCAGACUGUAUACGCCUAUUUCUUAAAAUAUAGGGAAGUAUUAGACAUUUUCUGCGGAGAUCAAGAUAUCGUUCGAAAAAUUAUGGUCACCCCAGCGAGUGGUGGGUUGUUGAGGAUGCAAAUGGGAUGGAACCCGGAACAAGACGAGGAUAGAAUGGCGUCUAUAGUCUCAGGGGAGACUACUCCGCUCGCAGUGGCCAUGGUCACAUAUCACCCCUCAUUUCUUCUCUUGCACGCGUUGUUUGGGCUGGCCAAUCGGGACGUGGAUACCCUUAGGGUCCUUUUCUGCACGGGAUUGCUUGACAUGUUUAUGUACAUCGAGCGUCAUUGGUUCAGUCUUGUCGACGCCAUCGAUAGAGGAACAAUACCAGAUUUCGAACAUAUCGAGCACGUGCGGGAUCAUCUGGAGUGUCGCUUGCAUGCAAACCCUGUCCGCGCGGCCGAGCUACGUGCCAUCGGAGUGCCGUCCAAGACCGCUGGGUGGGCGAGAUAUGUCUGGCCAAAUCUAAAGAUAGUAUAUAGUACUGGAAGUGGCCCUUUCUCGUCUGCUGUGCCAAAAGUGAAACAUAUUCUUGGUCCUGAUGUGAUACUCCAAACACCAGGAUAUGGUACUAGUGAAUGCAUCAUUGGUGCCACUUAUCAGCCUGGGGACCUCAAUAGGUUCAAAGUUUCAAUGAGCGAAGCAUUCAUUGAAUACCUGGAUGUGGACGCAGAGGAAGUCUCCGACAAUUUGUGUGCUGCGUGGGAGAUUGAAGCAGGAAGACUCUAUGAGCUUGUCCUAACCACUUGCAACGGAUUGUGGCGCUACCGACUUGGUGAUAUAGUUGAAAUAUUGGGCUUUGCUCCAGAUGAUGGUUCUCCCGUAGUGAGAUAUGUUGAACGGCGAAACAUGGUGCUAAAAUUCGAUUUUACAUCUGUCACGGAAGCUCAGCUGGUCCAAUCAAUAUCUUCUGCAACCCAUGACACACUCGGGCAAGUUGUAGAGUUCACUUGCUUCAAAGACGCCCGAGACAUUCCCGUGACUGCUGGAUUAUUUGUGGAACUAGCAAACGAGCCAGGCAAGCCCCUCAUUUUCCCGUGAUUUUGUAAGCCCUCACCAACUGUAGCUUCAUUAGGCGCCUCCUCGCACCUCGCGAGGCAGCGACUGUUAGAGGCCCUCGGGGAUGCGAACGAUUUUGUUAGGCG